AUGUUUGCGAUAUCGUGGGCUGGAAGAUUAGCAUUCAGCGUGAUCGAAGCACCAUUCGCUCGACCAGGAAGACCAUCAAAGCGAGUAUCGAUACCACUUUACCUUCAGGAAAGAAUAAAUCUUCCAUUGAAUUCUGACAUGGUACUUCCUACCAAGAUUCCCCGUUUGGAAGUGAAUUCAAAUCAGAAUUCAGAUCCCCUUAGGGGUUUGAAUAUUCUACAACUACUCAGUCUUCCGCCUGAAACAGUAUUUGAAUGGCUCCGACUAUCUUAUGCACUAAAGACUGGGGGUUUUCUGAAUGAACCAUCAAUACCAAGGCCGGAUGAGCUUUUGCCAAAUUUCUCUUUGGCUUUUACUUCACAUGAUGAGAAUCCUUCCUCCACAUUGUUUACUCAGAAAAAUUGGUGGAGACAGAGUGCAUCAACUCUGGUUCCGUUGAAUUCUUCUUUAAAUCUUCCUCCCUUCGGUGGGAAUGAAGGAGAAAUGUCGGAACUAAACAAACCCCUUGAAUUAACAACUUCUCGUGUUAUGACAUCAACCUCAACGGUAACAAAUGCGUCAACUUCCGAUUUGAUUAAUGCAAACGAUCGUGGAAUAUCAACUUCUCCAAUGUGUACUCCAACACAAAGUGCCAUUGAAACUGCCCCAUCUGCAUCGGAGUAUUAA